GAAGGCAAAAAAGGAGGGUUUGACACCGUUGAUUCAUCUGCCUAUGAAGAUAUGGGCAUAGAUAAAGAAGCUGAACAUCAACUCCAAGGCAUCCGCGGCAUGAGUGAUGAGAGCAGAAAAACCUUUGUGGGAGCAGUUUUGGACAUCUGUGAUACACCUGUUACUAUUGACCCCCUGCUAGUUUUGAUUAAACAAGCACACAAGGCUGCCUCGGCUAACACAGAGAAGUUUAUCACUGUGGACAAACUGAGGAAUACUGUUGGACAAAGUGAUGCGGUUGUUUCCCUUUUGAAACAGAUAGGCUUCACAUUCAGGGAUGACGAUGUUGUUUACCCUAAAGCAUCUCCUUUGUUGGAUGCCACAAGGGUUCUGUUUGAGGCCUUGAUAGAACUGGACGGAGAGGAAAUAUUGGACUUCAGAGAGUGCAACUCCAAUUUAGCAAAACCUCUUUUGCAUGUACUUAACCAGGCGCUGCAUGGCCGCGAUGUUCCCCUGGAUGACAUCAAAGCUCUGUACACUGACAGGAAUCCAGCACAGUCUUUUCUGAAUGAAAUGGAUUUCCAUAUUAAAGGUCUUGACACCCUGAACCCACCUGCUGGACAGAGCAACAAACUGGAGGCUGCCUAUAUUGCUGUGUUAGCCUUGUGGGGCUAGAAAUAAAAGAUGCCCGUGGAAGUACAAUUAAGGACCUUUCCCAGACCAUGUCAUACUAACUGUGGCUCCAUCUAUCUCUCACUAAAUUACAAUCAUUUUGCUAGGGGUAAUAAUUAUGGUUUAGCAGCUUCAGUAGGCAUGCCAGACAUCUAACUCGCUUAAGCUGAAAGAAAUUUAACAAGAAACUCCUCGGAGAUUGAUCGAUUGAUUCUGUUAGAUUAAUCUAGGUAUGGGAACCCAGUCUUGCUGGCAGACUGGAAGUUUUGUAUAGGAGGGGGUAUAGAUAUACAGUACUGCAGCAUGUGGUAGUAUA